UAAAAGUUCACUGCUGUACAGAUCCAUAACAAGAAUUUGUGAGGGAAACGCUUGAUACGAUUUGACGCGCGAGAUAUGGAGACUGAUUAUGAUGAGGAUCGAGGAGGAUGGGGAGACGACAUGGGUAGAGGUGGCCCAGACGAUUUUGGAGGUGACGAUGGAACAGAUAAUCCUCAAGAUGUUCUUAAAGAAUGUUUGGACAAGUUUAAAACACCGGACUACAUCAUGGAGCCUGGUAUAUUUACUCAGUUGAAACGAUAUUUCCAAGCAGGUGGUAAUCCCGAACAAGUUAUUGAAUUAUUGUCUCAAAAUUAUACGGCAUGUGCUCAGAUGGCAAAUCUUCUGGCCGAAUGGUUAAUUCUUGCUGGUGUAAAAGUAACGGAUGUACAAGCUAUGGUAGAAAAUAAUCUCAAAGACAUGAUUCUUAAAACGUUUGAUCCAAAAAAGGCUGACAAAAUUUUCACUGAGGAGGGUGAAACUCCAGCCUGGUUAACAGAGAUGAUACAACAUCCUACUUGGCGUUCACUAAUUUAUAGACUUGCUGAAGAAUAUCCUGAUUGCUUGAUGUUAAAUUUUACCAUAAAACUUAUAUCUGAUGCUGGAUUCCAAGGAGAAAUAACAAGCAUUUCAACGGCUGCACAACAAAUAGAAGUAUUCUCAAGAGUAUUAAAAACUGCCAUUGCAGGAUUCCUUCAAAAUACCGAGGACUGGCAAUCUAGCAUACAGGAAUGUGCCAAAAUGGUUUGUCAUGGGCAACACACGUAUGUGUACAGUCAAGUAUUGUUACAAAUUUUAGCACAAGAACCUCGAGGCGGUUUUACAAUGAAACGACUUUCACAAGAAAUUACGAAGUGCGCUCAACAGAACCGUCACGACGUAACUCCCAUAACAAUGGCAUUAAACGGAGCAGCUGGUAGUCCAAGCGCUUGUCAAGCCUUAGGUUCGAUGUUAUCACGAAAUACUUUGAAUCCAGCUGAUAUAACAGUAUUGUUUAGGAAUUACUCCAACCCAGAACCUCCUCCGGUUGAAUUAAUUCGGAAUCCUCAAUUUUUAGAAUUAUUGGUUGAUGCUCUAUUUAAGCCAGGAGUAAAGGUAAACCCAGAGCAUAAAUCAAAGUAUAUUAACUUGCUGGCAUAUGCAGCUAGUGUUUGCGAAACACCAGCCAAGAAGGGAACACAACGAAAGAUCAACAAAGAUGAAUUAAAAACCACGAUGCAAGCCAUCGAGAAAGUUCAUAACAUUUGUAAUAUUAAUAAAGGUUCAACUGAACUGAUAGCCGAGUUGAACACGUUGUAUCAGUGCAUUAGAUUUCCAGUGGUGAGCGUUGGUGUGAUCAGAUGGGUUGCAUGUACGGUAACAGAACCAUCGUAUUUUAAAUUGAGCACAGAACACUGUCCUAUACAUUUGGCUCUUCUGGACGAGGUUGUAGCCUGUCAUCCUCUCUUACAUCCAAAAGUGCUUCAACUCUUGGUGCAGUUAUUUGAGAGCAAACAGGAUGAACUCGAAAUACUUGUUCAGUUGGAGAUGAAAAAGAUGCUGAUAGACCGAAUGGUCAAUUUAUUGAGUCGAGGAUGUGUUGUCCCUGUUGUAUGCUAUAUUAAGCAGUGCUGGCAACGCAGUGACACUGACGUUUCCCUUAUUAGAUAUUUUGUCACCGAGGUUUUAGAGGCUAUUGCACCACCAUACACUCCGGAAUUUAUCCAACUAUUUUUACCUAUGGUGGAAGACGAUGAGAUAACAGGCACGAUGCGUGGCGAUGGUGAUAACGACCUUGUUUCUGAGUUCAUAGUUCACUGCAAGGCACACAGUGGCACAGCUGUGAGAUGACGGUUAAAGAACAGAGACGCCAGUGCUCAUGGAGAACCGAAAGAAUAAAUUUACCGGUUGUGUGAAGAUGUGUUUAUUUUACAUAACAACUGGUAUUAUCAUACAUGAAUUACUCUUAAUCAACCCGCAUUCAUCAGGUGAACUGCCCUAUGGUGCCACAAUGUUGUAGUUUAUUGCUCUGAAACAAAGUUAUUCAUUUUAAACAGAAAUUAGUUAAUUCAAGUUUUUUUUUUUUUGAAUAUUUAUUAGUUUAUCAUACUAUUGAUUAGUAAUAUGAUGGCAGUAGUGUCAUCUACUUGACUGACAGGAUCAGGCUACUUCAACUAUUUGAUUAUGACAAGGACUUUGUACUCUCUGUCAACUAUUAUGCACAUGAUCCACUACACGCAAGAGCGAUAUAAUGGGAUAAUAAGACCAAUGGCGGAGACUAAAAGUCCAAUAGUCAAGACGUAGCCUGGUCAGAUGGCUGUAUACAGCUGCGAAAUAACUGGAACUUAGGUAAAGAUUUUACCACCGUACAAUAAAAUGAACAUGUUAAACUUUUACUGAAGUUGAAAUAAAUCAUACCGAUUUUUCAAAAAAUUAUUCAGUCUAUCUUAGUCAUAAGUCUCAGUCUGUGCAUAAUUAGGACUUCGUUCGUUUUAGAGAAAAAAUUCAAUUCUCAACCGAUAUUGCAUGCCCUCAAAUGGUAUUAAUUCAAUAAUCAAUUGUUGAUUGUUUGGACAAAAGGAUUAGUUGCUUAAAAUCUUGAAUCAGAUGGUUAGUUUUCACGAAAUUGUAAUCAAGUCCCAUGCGUGAUUAAUAAUGAAACAUAGAUACUUGUAAAUGAUUAAAAUAAUUAUUAUUAUAACACAUCAGUUCACACUUUCACAACAUUUCAAAAUGCAAGUACUUGCGUUUUUUGUCUUAUCACACUUGAAACUAUAAACUUACGUAUUGAUGACUUUAGUAUUUAUCGGCUGUAAAAGGUACAAAAUUACUCAGAUAAUAGAAAUCAGAAAUAUUAAAAUUAAGGGUCACAUUGUUAGUAUUUUGUGAAAAUCUUUGGAGUACAUCCGAACUUUUAAUCCUUCAACUGCUAUGAUUGAAUCAGAAGGCAAAGCUUUGAAUCGGUCACGGAUUUCUAAAGUAUAUUGUUAACCCAUUGCAAUAUUUAUUUAUGAAUAAAGAUGAGAGGCAU